AUGACUGAACCAACUGAUUACAUGACGGAUGAAUCCUUCUCUGCUAAUAUGAGCACCUCUGUUUUGCACGCAGACGAUCCUCUUGCUUUGGAAAACGAUGUAGGACCAGCUCUUCAUUUGUCAACAACAUAUGCUUAUCCAGGUACGGCUGAAUCUUUAAAACCUUAUCAAAGCGUCGGUGAAGAGAGCUUUCCAUAUUAUGUUCGUAUUGCCGGAAACAAUUGCGAUCGUGCUGAGGCUGCUCUCAGUUCUGUCUUGAAGGCUCCAAGCGUCCUCUAUGGAUCAGGAUUGGCUGCCGUCUACUCUUUGUUAGCUUACUUAAACCCCAAAAACAUAGCUAUCCAUAAGCCUGGAUUUGGUGGUUACUCUGGUACUGUUGGUAUUAUCAAACGUCUCAAUCGCUUGACAGGCUUGAGAACCUCCUAUAUUGAUAAAACAUGUGAACAAAUUCAUGAAGGUGACGUUAUUUGGUUGGAAUCUCCUAUGAAUCCCUUGGGUAUAGUCUUUGACAUUCACUACUAUAAAGAGCUUGCCAAAAAGAAGGGAGCCGUCUUGGUUGUCGAUUCCACAUUUGCACCUCCUCCAGUUCAAGAUGCCUUAGCUUUAGGCGCUGACUAUGUGGUUCACUCGGUAACCAAAUACCUUGGUGGACACACGGAUGUCUUAGCCGGUGCAACUGCUUCCUACAACAAAUCUGCCAUCCAGACUCUUAAGGGAGAUCGUGCUUACCUUGGCAGUAUUCUCCAUCCUCAACAAUGCUAUUUGCUCUUACGUUCCCUCCGCACUUACCCUCUACGCAUCGCUAGACACAGCGAAAAUGGUUACUUGGUGGCCAACCAUUUGAACAAACUCGCUACAGACCCUAACUUCGCUGCCAAGAAUGGUAUUGAUAAGGGCUUGAUUCUUGAGGUCUACCACGAUUCCUUGCAGAAAGAAGACUUUGUUUCGAAAAACUUGACAGGCGGUCAUUCUUCAUGCUUCGGUUUCCUCGUGAAUUCUGAAAAAGUUGCGCGACACGUGUGCUGUGAUCUCAGAUAUUUCCAUCAUGCUACUUCCCUUGGCGGAGUCGAAAGUUUGGUUGAAUGGCGUAAAAUGACAGAUCCACACAUUGAUCCUAGACUCAUUCGUAUAUCAAUUGGAAUUGAAGAUGCCAAUGAUUUGAUUCAGGACUUGAACCGUGUCUUUGCUGCCCUCAGCGCUUAA